GUGUGCCAGCGUAAAAAAGAUAACUUCUUACAGGCAGCUAUCAUGGUGCUUAUGCUCUCUGUGAAGAAUGCAUGUAAGAUUGGGUGGUUUUCAGAAAAGGAGUCUGAAGAACUUAUCAUUCUUGCAAAUGAGGUAGCAGCUUCUGCAUUUUGGGAAAUAUUAACGCGGGACCUAGUAAUUCUCCUUCCACUAUAAAACAAAUAAUGGAGAGGUAGGAACAUGUGCUUUGCACUGCAGAAUUUCUUACUGUAUCUUAAGGUGCAAUCAAAUUUUUCUGGCAACCGGUUAUGUAAUCUUUUGUUUUAAAUAAUUUUGCUGGAUUUUCAGCUGAGGCCCCAAAGGUACAAAGUGUAAUAUAUGGAGUUAGAAAUUUGAACUUUACUAGGAACAGGUAGACUUUUCCUUCAAAGGAUAUCAGAGAAGAUACAUAUUCUGACUUGUUCAGUUAGCCUUUUAUAUCUGAGCAAUUAAUGCCUUAUAUAUAUGCCGUUGUUCUUUGACUUGUAGGGGGUAUGUAUAGGGAUCUUGUCUAAUUUGAAUAUAUUUUUAAUUCUUUAUGAUAUCCAUGCUGGUGCUAGUAUGAAUGUUUGUUUCAGAUAAUUUUUAUUUUUUAUUGGCACCGGGUGUCUGGGACAAAUUCCCAAUUUUUUUAGAUUAUUUUAAUAGGGUCUGACUACAGUGAUGUGGGCUAAGGCCCAAGUCAAACUGUAACUUGGUCAGCAAGGAAAUUACUGUAACUUUUGGUUUUAUUCAAGUCACAUUAUCAUGCAUAUUACUGGGUUUUAUAUUGACUUAAUUUUUAUCUCAUCUCGAUAGAUGUCACGUGGAAGUUUGAGUGAAGUUUUCAGGCAGCCAGGAUUCAAAAAUUGAUUUCCUAGUUGGACCAAUGGUGUAUUUUAGAAUGUCAUGAAACAAUAGGAUAUUGAGUCGCUACUAGUUAUAAAUACACUCUUGUGGAUUAUCAUAAAUUGAUGAUUAAUGAAUUCUCUCUCUCUCUCUCUCUCUCUCUCUGCGUGUGCAGGUUCUACCCACGAAUGAGGAUGGGGCAAAUACUUGCUUCCCUUGAAGUCAAGCCUGGAUAUGGGGCAUACGUGAUUGAUUUCCAAAUUUUAAAGACUACGGUACAUUCUCCCGAAGAAAAAAUUCGGUUAUUUGUAGCACAGACAGAUAGUAUAGAGACAUCUGCAUGCAUUAUAUGUCCUCCCCAAGUGAGCUUUCUUCUGAAUGGAAAGGGAGUUGACAGAAGGACUACUAUUCUAAUGGACUCUGGACCACAGUUACCAACAAAUGUGACUACAAUGCUGAAAUACGGAACAAAUCUUCUUCAGGCUGUAGGCCAGUUUAAUGGUCAUUAUAUCAUAGCUGUUGCCUUCGUAAGUGUGAUGUCAUCACCUGACACCCCAGUGCCACCUGAUUAUGUGCAACCUGCUGUAGCUUCAGUUGACCCAGAUUCUGACAUAAUUGAAGGACCAUCACGGAUAUCACUUCGUUGUCCUAUAAGCUAUACACGUAUAAGGACUCCUGUCAAAGGACAUUCUUGCAAACAUCUUCAAUGUUUCGACUUUGAUAACUUUCUUGAUAUAAAUUCAAGAAGACCAUCCUGGCGCUGCCCACAUUGUAAUCAGUAUGUCUGCAACGUGGAGAUCCGUAUUGAUCAAAAUAUGGUCAAGGUCCUAAGAGAGGUGGGAGAGAAUGUUGAUGAAGUUAUUAUCUCUGCCGAUGGUUCUUGGAAGGCUAUAGUGGAAAGUGAUGACCAUGUAGAUCAGUCACUCGUUAAGGCCAAUUGCGAGAAAGAAGGGACUGAGUGGCAAGAAUUUAGCAGUGUCUCAAAUUCUCUUCCUAAUGUUUUGGAACUUACAGAGGAUAACAAUGAGAUGGAGGCAGCGAGCUAUGGUGAAAUAGAAGACCGGAAACCUUUGCAGGCUAAUCUUCCAGUUGCUUCACAUUUAGUUUUGCUUCCAGAAUUGAACAGAACAAAUGAUGUUAAUCAAAUUGUCGCUGAGUUAGAGGAUGAGGUUUGGUCUGGAAUAUAUUCGGGUUCCAUGUCCAUGAACUCCAGCUCUUGGUCAAAUGCCCAAAGAGUUAGUGGCAUCUCUGAAUCCAUCCCUGCCAAUCUUAUGCAGCCUCCUGUGUUGACUGGUGCUGUUUCUCCUGCACUCAAUCAAGAAGCAAAUUUCACCACCUCUAUAAUGCGAAGUCGAUGCUCUCCCAAUAAUUUUCAGUUACAACAGUCGCAAUAUGCAAAUUCUGUUGUCAACAAUGAAUAUAGGUUGCCAUCAAUAGCCAGUCAUGUGAACAGGACUCCAACAGCAAUUCAGGCUCUGCCUGUUCAGCCUCAGGCACAAAAUCCGCAGCAAAGACCAAGUUGUGUGAAUUCUUUGACUCCAAAUGGCUCUUCAAUUUCUUCUCGGAACCGGGGUCAUCAAGACCGUUCCUUCCUUUCAGCCUCGAGUCAAUUGCAAAGUACUUAUAAAGCAUCUUCUGGGCAAUUCAGUAGUUUUCAAAAUCCACACCUGCAGCAAGCUUUAAACCCAAGGAUGCCCCCGCCCGUGGGUCAAUAUUCAAGCACUAUCUGGCCAUCUUCACAGCUUGCACAGACCCCCCGAUCCUGCAAAGGGGUGCACAAGUGGGAAUUAGACAAGCAGCAGUCACUAAUAGUCACCAACAGGCUAGAUGGCUUCCUCACCAAGGUGCUCUUCAGAUGGGUAGACAGGCACCAUCUGUGCCAGCUUUAAAUCAAACUCCUAGAGCUGGGAACUCCAUGCCCAUGACUGCAUAUGGGAGACGAGAGGAAAUAGUGGACCAGAGAGGGAAUAUUAGAGGAAUGCCACAUCCAAUGCCUCAUAGUUUGCCAGACACAACAAUGGAUGAGAAUUGGCGGCCAAGACGUCGAAUGCGUGGUAGCCUGACAGGUGCUUCGUAUGAUGCUCAUAGCCAAUACAUAAUUCAGCCAACCCAAUCAGCACAAACUGUAAGACCACCAGAAAAUCCGAUUCCUUCAGCAUCUAAUCCAGCACCCCCCCCGGGUUUUAGUAUUGCAAUCAGAAAUGCCAGCAGUCCUCAAAUAACUAAUGUUUUAAUCCAACGAUAGAUCCAAGUUGGGUGAGUGGAGGCCCAAGUAUUCUGCCUGCGCACCUAUAGACAAAUAAACUAGACGCAUCUUGGGGUUUGUUACCUGCGAGUUGCACAAAGGUGGCUCUUUAUAUGGUUGAAUUGAUCUGGGAGUCAUUUUAAAUGGCUCUCUGUUCUGUGACCAACUGGAAGAUGGCCCUAGUUUUAAAUUUGGAAUAUGAACCUGGGAGUGAGGAAUACGGAAGACUGAUCUGCUAUGCGAGAGGAUAUGCUGAGUUGGCCAUGCAGAUGCAGCCAGGUAGCACUUGGUAGGAACUUGAGAUGUUCCAUAUCGUAGAUUUUUAGAAUCUUAAACUCUUAAUUUCACAAUUAAAUGGUUCAAAUUGGUAUGUUUCCACGUAAGAUACAGUGAAUAUUAGAGGGAGAGUUGAGAUUCUCUGAUUUUUUUUUUUUUUAGUAUAUUACUUUUCCUUUUGUUUA